AUGGCAUGGCAAAAAGCAAAUUUGCGCACGUGUUCCAAGAGCGUAAUCGUGGAAGGAGCUUCUAUAGAACAUGUGGAUCAAGAAAUGAACCAAGAAAUGCACGAAACUUCUACGCAAGAUGUACAGCCACCUGUACGUGCCACUCGUGGGCCAAGCAAGUACUUGGAUGUUUGGGAUCUUCCCGAUGACCAAGUAAUUGAGUUGCCGCUAAAUAGUGUGCAUCAGCCAGUUGAUGAAGGGGCGAGGGCUUUCACUGGUUUCUUGGGGACGAUUGCGCAGAAACCCCACAUGUGCCCAAUAAGAUAUCUGAAUUGGAGGGACAUGCCAGAAGAACUUAAAGAAGAGUGUUGGUGUCUUAUAGAGCGAAAAUAUGUCGUCUCUACUAAUCCUACAACAUAUGCGGGUUUGAAGAAAUUUACCUUACAAAAAAUUGGGAAGGGUUGGAGGGAUUACAAGUGUAGGCUGAAAAUGGCUCAUUACAUACCGCAUCCAAGAAACAAAGCACGGAUGAAGAGCAACCGACCCAAGGGAUGCAUACCAGAAGAUUGUGAUGUUCUUGUUAACCAUUGGUAUAUUGAGGAUGCAAUGAUAGAGUUAGAGAAGAAUAGGGACUGUCGUUCUAAACAAGAGGACUUACAUACUGUUGGUUUAUGCAGCUUUGCUGUGCACACUGCAAAGAAGGCAAAAGUGGAUGGAUGUCCUGUAAAGCGUGCAACAUUAUAUUCAAUACUACAUACUUGUAAAAAUGGAUCUGCAGUUAAUCUUGUAGUGCAAGCAAAAAUGGUGAGUAAUCCAUUUGUGGUUUCAUUUUCAUUGUCAAUCAUUGCAUUUGCUUCAAUAGAGUGGUUUCACAAUAACCAUACUGUUUAA